AUGAGAGAAUCAAACUGGCAGCCUUUGGCAUUAGGAGCACGGAGUUCCAACUGCCUGAGCCACCGGGCCGACCCCAAAUGUUAUCAUUUUUAAUAUCACGAUUAUUAUUAUUAUCCAGAGUAACAGCAGAAUCUUAUGGAAUCAUCAUUUUCCUUUCUUUUAAUUCUGGGUUUCUCAGAGAAAUCUUCCUAUUGUUUUGAGUAGAUUUAUCAAUUAGGUAGAGUGCUCAGGCAAGGCUAAUAUCAACUAUUCUGGCAGAGAGGGGUAGUGUUCUAGCAACUGGGGUUCUGGUUGUCAGUUUUUAUUAAGUCGAUUGGUGUGAUUCCUGCCUUCCCUCUUCCAAGUUUAUCACCUGUGGAUUAAAUAGAAGACCAAUCAGGUGGCUUGGUCUUGCGAGGUGAGGGCAGUUCCAUUGACCCAGGAGAAGAGCAUAGAAGUUCUUGUUUGAGCAUCUGGCAAGAGCAGCCAUUUUUCUGCCUCUGUGUAAUUCAAUAUUGGCAUUUAUCCUUCCCCUCUUCGAUAGUCCCUACCAAUUUGGUUGCAUGAAAUUUUGCUAACUUACACCUUUUCAUUUUGAUAGUGGAAAAGUCACUUCCCUUCAUUCAUUUUCAUGACAUUCAGACCUAAUUUGUUUUCUUUUUGCCCACACAUGUUGAGUUUUGCUUUCUAUGAAAGUUGAAAUAAGAAACAAAAAAUCUGAAGUCUUGAAAAUUGUAGAGAAAAAUGGUGCAGCCCUUUGCCUUUCUUCUAUUUCUUUUUGUUUCCAUUAACCUCAGGAUGAAGUAGAUUGUAAUGGAGGACCGGCAUGACAAAACAUGCCCCAUAAACCACUACAUGAAAAAAAAGUUACAAAAAUAUUAAAUGAAAAAAUUAUGAAUGAAUAAAGAAAAGAAGGUUGUUUCUCCCUGACUUAAUGCCUGGGCCUCACUGCCCUGUUGUCUCAGCAUGAGACAGAAGGAAGCAAAAAAAGAGAAAGUCAACAGACUCCUGAACACUGAAUAACUAAAGGUACUAAAAUUUGUAAUAAAAGCAUUUAUCAGGAGGUAUUUUGAGCAUAACAAGGGAUCAAUAAUUUAAAUAAACAAGUUGAACAAUCAAGCUGUACUGGCAAAACAAAAAUUAUUUGCCUACUAAAGGUGAAAUGAUUACAAUUGAAUAACUAUUUCCUCCACUUACUUAGAAAAAAUAAACUUUGGUAUCAGCACUGAGGACUUGUUUCACUCUUGAUACCUGGGAACAUGGGUCAGGAGGUCACCAGUGAGAAGGAGGGUCCUCAGCACAUCCAGUGGGAAGGGCCCGGAACCUAGAAAAUUCCUUAUUUUGCCAAUAGUCUCUCCACAGCAGGGGAAUGCUAAAGUCCUCAGGAUGUGGUCAGCCUGCACUCAGGGAGUGAGUGGGGAGAGUUUGGGUUGGGGACUCUCUGUCACUUCAGAGGGAAAGGGUUUCGAGAGGUGAUACCUCCCUUGUGAGUAAGGUGCUGCUGGUAAAAUAAAAUUAUCUUGGUGUUAGAAUCGCCAACCUAACAUGCAUCAGAAAGAACCAGGAUUCCUGCUGCAAGUAUUGGCACGACCUGAGGAGCCCUAUAGACCUGUUACAAAAUGGUGGAAAGAAUGGUCAAUGUCUCUGUUAGUUGUGACCUUGUGGACCCAGUGAAGCAUAACCACAUAGACCUGCAUGAAUGUGUUCUAGCAGGAAGAGAAACAUUCCAGAAACUUACUAAUGAUCACCAGCCUCGGCUGUGAAGAAAAUAGUAAACAAAUCCCACUCCUUGGUGCUGAAGAACUUAUUUCCUAUACACGAUGUGGUAAGUACCUAACAAAAUACGCAAAUCCACAGGGCUGAGGGAGCCUGUCUCUCUCUGUAAAUAAAGAAAGGAGGUAAAAAUGUUGCCCAGAUUCAAGGCCAUAAUUUGUUUCUAACGAUGAGAAAACAGUAUUUAUAUAUUAAAAAUGUACAAGAGUAUGUGCAUGUGAUCGAGUAGUAUAUGCCUACAUACAGUUCUGACUUCUGGACAAAAAUGUUUCUCAUUUGAUUGAUAAAUAUCCAUUUUGAUUGGCACAUUUUAAGUUUACUGGGAAACUUAAAUUUCCAUUGCAAAAUUAAUAGUGUUGACUGAUAUCUUGUUAGACCACAUGGAGAAGUCAUGAAUGAAAACAAAAAAAGCAAGUGAAAGUGCAGGAAAAUGUUUAGAAUAUGAAAAUGAUUGUGUUCCCUAUUUAACGGCGAUGCUUAGAAAGAAUGUCAUCAGAGGACCUAGAGGCCAAGGUUCAUCCGACGCUCAGCUGAGCCAGGCCAGCAGCAGCACCCACAUUUCUCCAUGGCCCUCAUGCUCUCUCUCCUUUCGGCCCUGGUUGUGUUCAGCUAUGGCCACGGUGGGUCUCUGGGCUGCAACCUGACUCUGAACCACGAUUUGGUCAGCAGGGAGAACUUCUUGCUCCUGGAUCAGAUGAGGAGAAUCUCCCUUUCUCUGUGUCUGGAUGACAGAAAAGAGUUCAGAUUCCCCCAGCAGGCGGUGAAUGGCAGCCAGGUCCAGAAGACCCAGGCUAUCUCUGUCCUUUAUGAGAUGCUCGAGCAGACCUCCAGAGUCUUCCUCACAAAGGAGUCCUCUGCUACCUGGAACAUGACCCUGCUGGACAAGCUCCUCACUGGACUUCAUAGGCAGCUGGAAGACCUGGAAUCCUGUUUGGUGCAGGAGGUGGGACAGGCAGAAUCUGCCGCUGGGAAGGACCCUACACUGGCCGUGAAGAGGUACUUCUUGGGCAUCCGUCUCUACCUGAAACAGAAGAAAUACAGUGACUGUGCCUGGGAGGUUGUCAGAGGGGAAAUCAUGAGUUCCUUCUCUUCAUUAACAAGCUUGCAAGAAGGGUUAAGAAAGAAGGAUGGAGACCUGGGCUCACCUUGA